CAUCCGCCAAGUACCUCGUCCGCCACUCCGGCUGCUGCCCUGCUCGCACGGUGCGCCGCCCGCCUGGUGAUUCUAGGGUUUGCGCCGCCGGCUGCGAGCCACGUCUUCCCCACCGGAUUCCCCUGCACCAUUUGAGUUCAAUCUCGCCGUCCUUGGAGUUCGCCAUCGCCGCCCUUGGAGUUCGUCGGCGCCGCCCUUGGAGUCCGUUGCCUCUGCGCCCGAGCUUGAGUAGCCGCCUGCCCGUCGAAGGUUGCAGAAGAUGGCCACAAAACUAGAUCAAUCUUCUCCUGCCAAGCAUCAGCGAGCAAAAUCCACCGCACCUCUAUCUUUGACUCCCAAGAUUUCAAUAUUCGGGACAAAAGCUGGAUUCGUCAUACCAAAGAACAAGCUAGCCGGCUCACUUGUAACUCGUGGUGCCACUACCAAGAAUGAAACACCUACUGCAUCCAAGGAAGAUAACAGCAGGCAUGCUCAGAGAAAGACAAAGUGGGGGCCUGACCUCACCACCGACCCUGCUGUGUGCAAAGGAAGGGCUUUGGCCUACCAGACUCGAGUGGAGCAAAUCACCAAGCAGCUGAAAUCCGGAACCUUGGAUAUGGGUAAAAUUGAAGGUUCAGUAUCCACUGGAAAGGGGACAAAUUCUGUUGGUUCUGACAAUUUGAAAGAGAAUGAGCAUCUUUUACCCUUUUUGCAGCAGGGAAAGGUUGAGCUAUUGGAACUUGAAAGACGAGAAAUUACUGGUGAAAUACUCCGUCUGAAUCCGGGAUAUAAGGUGCCUGAGAACUACAAACCAGUACUUAAGGAGACAAAGAUCCCUCUUCCGGCAGAAGCGCAUCCUGGACAUAAUAUUAUUGGAGUUCUUAUAGGACCUGAGAGCAAUACUCUGAAGCGGCUACAUGAAGAAACUGGAGCUGUAAUACAAGUAUAUGGGACUAAGAAAAUCAAUGGAGAGAAGAGCGAGAUUCAUCAUCAAGACAUAAGUGAUGCUCGAGCUGCUUAUGAAGACCUAUACAUCAAUGUCUCGGCUGACUCUUAUGAUAAAGUAGAUACUGCAGUUGCGUUGAUUGAGCUGCUUCUUGCUCCUGUGUCGGUGAAGUCAACAUCUACUCCAACAACUACUACUGUUUCUUCAGCAGUUACCUCCGAUGUAAAUCCCGUGCAGAAUACCAUUUCACCCCCAGGUCUACUUCAUUACCAAUCACAAAAUGCUCCUUGGCUGUCCACUCCUCAGACUGAUGCUCCAUCAAUUACUUCCUCAGGGCCUGUUUUGAGUACAUUACCUAACAAUUCAUUGCAACCACAACCGUUUGCUGGUUCUUUCAGUAUGCCUCCCUUCACAGGUCAUCCUCCUCACAUGAACAGCACGCCAAGAAAUCCAUUUCCUGUUCCUGGACCUCAGCAAUCAAUGCCAAGCAAUCAACAACAUCCACCUCAGUUCCGAGCUAACUCCUCAAUUGGGCCUUUUGGUCAACCACCUGGAAUUGUAAGCCCACAAAUGACACCAUCUUCCUCAGUGCCACCGCCAGUUAGACCCCUUCAAAUACCCCACGCAUCUGGUGGAUGGCCAUCUUUUUCUCCCAUCACGCCACAAUCUCAGUGGCCUCCUCAAGCUUCACCGAAUUUUGUGCCAGUGAGACCUAUUUCCGUGUCCCCUCUUGGCGCAACUCCACCGCACGGUCCUGCUGCAUUGACACCUCCAUCAAAUAUGCCCACCAUGUACCACAGCCAGCAGCCAGCGUUAGCAAAUUUCACUUGUUCAGCAACAUUAGUUUCCAGGCCUCCUGGUGGAGUUCAGUCUUUUUCUACAGUUGCGCCUCAAUGUCCUUCCCCGGUAGCAUUUCCUGGUGGUGGUGGGUCAUCAACACAGUCGGGCUACCCACUUUCCAUAGGCCCACCUCCAGCUUUCUCUCGAGUUGGACCAACUCCUGGCAUGGUGCCUCCUUCGUGCCCACCUGCAUCAGGUCCUGCAAGCACAAGCUCCGGUCAGGCACCAAUUGCCGCUUUGAGACCUCCACGCCCAGUUGCUGGUGAUUUUACCUUUCGGCCUGUUGUAUCACCUGCACCUACUCCAGAUUUUGCAGCAUCAGGCGGUCAAAUGGGAAUACAAGGCAGAAGUCACCCUGGCGCUCCAUUCUUCCAUCCUGGCAAUCAGAGUCCCAAUCAAGGCUUCCAAAGGCCUUGUGAUGGCAGGCCCUUGAAUGCAAUGGGUCAGGCUCGGAUGCAUGCUCCACCUCAUCCACCUCAACACUUACAUGGAGGCUUCCCCAGGAAUCCAUCUCAUCUCGAGUUACCUGCGGGUUUCCCGGGAAUCCCUCCAGCAGUACAAGCACAUCCUAUGCUGGGGCCAUCAAAUUUCUUGCCUUCCCGCCCAUUCCAGCCGAGGCCACCAUCGCAGGCGAAUCCAUUUGCAAGCAGAGACAGGCAGGGUGGCAAUCCAAUCUACAAUCCUUUUGCACCAACGGCAGCUCAGAAAACAGAGGGGGCGGACCCUGAGUACGAGGAUCUCAUGGCAUCGGUUGGCGUGAAGUAGUGACGACUGCUGAGGAGAUGUGUGUGUGGUGACACAAACACAAAGUCAAGAUGCCUGAAAUGUACUAGCAAGCUCAUUUGCUAUUGCAAUAAAUAUUUCUGGUCUAGAUAGUAAGUUCCUAUUGAAGGCGCAUGUGUGAAAAGAAUGAGUGGAAUCCCUUGUUUGAACCAUGCUGUAUUGUGAAAGGGGUGUCAAAGUCAUUCCUGGCAUCAGUUGAUAUGCAUGUUUUUGGAGAGGACUCUGUGAUGCUGUUUUAUUAUAUGGUGUAUUUGUGCAAGAAUAGAACGGAAUGAUAGAAAUCGUGUUUGGUCAUUAGUUUCUGGUUAUUAAAAAGAUGCUGUGAAAGCGUUGACAUGUA